AUGACUGAGACGGAAGCCGCUGAUGCACCUGGCACCGUAACCAUAGCUGGCCUGCACGGUCAACUCGUAACUUUUCCUGCAGACUCGGAAGCUUUGCGCGGUGGUUUCCAUCACUCGCAAGUGGAGGAAGGCGACGAUGGAGGCGUUGAGGCAGGCGGCGAGGAGGGCCAUGCGGAAAGCGAGGAAGAUGACGACCACGAAGGCGAGGAACAAGAGGACGGUGAAGAUGCCGCAGGCGAUGAGAAUCAACAGCAGCCACAUUUCGAGCCAGUUCUCCCUGCUGCGCACGCUGGAGCAGCAGUUGGUAACGGGGCUGCGCCGUGUGAAAACCAGGUUCCGAUCAGAGGAGCCCGUUCAGCUCGUAAGCACAUUGUUCCCGAUGCGCAUCAUGCCGCCAUCAACCGACGACUUGAAGCCGAGCUGGAGGACCUGCGCAACACCUUGGCGGUGAUGCAGUACAAUCAAACGACCCAGCAGCAGAUCGAAAAGGAGAGGGAUGAGCUGCGUCAAGAGGUUUCGGCGCUUCGGGAUGAGAUUCAGGCGUUUCGAUCCGGAACGCACACAAUAGAUGGACCUGAUGACGUGGACGACCCCCGAAUCAACAUGGACAGGCUGCCGAAGGUGGACGGGAAAAUCCACAUUCCCACCAGCUUGUCCGACGACGAGGCGUUCGCGAAAAACGCGCUCGCCGUGUACGUCGGGAUGAUUACUGCUGGGCCGGCAAAGUCGAUGCAGUUCUACCCCGAUUGGCCAGACCUGGUUCCUUUGAUGGUGCGGAGGUAUGUGCGGCUGGGUGUUUGCAAGGACCUGUAUUACUUCGUGGCAGGAGGUGACAAGUCGAAGGAGGACGAGGCAAUGGAUAAGAUUGCCAACAAGCGGCAAACUAUGAACAAGACUAUGAAGCUUUAUGGCUGCGGCGCUGGAGGUGGCGUGGCGAAUGAAAGGUGGCACGAGCUGGAGCGGGUCGGCCUGAGGCCGACCGAGUUUAGAGACCCAGUCGUCUGGACGGCUUACUUCAAGGACGGUGAGUCUUUGAGUGUUUGUUAA